AUGACCACCGACGGCGAGCGCGAGACCUCCCUCGAUACCGCCUUCGUCUGGCGCAACGUCCGCGGAAGGCUGGACACCCUCAAGGCCAGCGCCUCGUGGCUCGGCGGCGGCGGCCCCGGCUCGUACGGCCACCAACCAUCCACCUCCUUCGACGUCCACUACACGCAACCCUUCGUGCUCGGCCUCGACUCCUCCGCCUUCGCCCGCGUCGGCCAGCGCUUUAGAAACCACCUGGACCACAGCAGCUACACGCUCAACGUGCGCGACUGCGCCGUGGGCGUCCACCUGCCGCUCGGCCGCUUCUCCGUCAACAGCGCGUGGCGCGAAGUUGCCGCCGUGGAUGACUCCGCCUCCCCGCUCAUCCGCGAGGAGGCUGGCCACUCGUGGAAGACCAGCCUGCGCCACGAGGUGGCGCGCGACACCCGCGAUCACCCCGCCAUGCCCACGAGCGGCGCCCUGCUGUCGGCCUCCACAGAGCUCACGCUGCCGCGCCUGGGCGACGUCGCCUUCGCGAAGGGCGAGGCCGAGGCACAGACCCACGUCCCGCUGGGCGCUUCCGGUGCCGCCCUGGCGCUCUCCGCCCGCGCAGGCCUCGUCUGCUCGCGGGAGGGCGCCAGAGUCCGCGUGCAGGACCGCUUCUUCUUGGGCGGCCCUAAUUCAAUGAGGGGUUUCGACCUCAGGGGAGUCGGCCCGAGGGAUGCCGCCGAUGCGGUUGGCGGCGAUACGUUUUAUACCGUCGCCGCCGUGCUAUCGACGCCCGUGCCGCAGACGUCGAUGCUGUGGCAGCUUUUUAAUGCACGCGUGCAUGCGUUUUGGUGUGCGGGCGAUUUAGCGGAUAUUUCGGUAGUGAGCAAGGGUGUGAAGAGGGUGAUGGAGGGCGGCGGUUUGCAGAACAAGGCAAAGGCGGGGUGGGGGGAGCUGCAAAAGUCGGUAAGGGUCGCUGCAGGGCUGGGCGUUGCGUUGGAAACGUCGGUGGGGAGAGUUGAGCUCAAUUUUUGCCACGUCUUGCGCUCGGCGCAGUCGGAUGUGCCCAGUUCCAAGUUUCAAUUGGGGAUUAGCGAGUCGUUCUGGUAAACAAAACCGCUGCGGGGAGCAUUGCAAGAUGAUGGGAAGGGACGCUUGCAUGACGGAAACACCCUUGCCAACACCAAAAGGGCAAGCCCGAGGACAAA